AAGGAGACGAAUAUUGUGUGGUAUCGUAUUCAAUCUCACAGUUGACAUCACCGAACUCGAACGAAUAGGCCACUCCCGUCCAUUGCUGAUAGUAGCAGUUUUGUCUUUUUCAAAUAGUUGUUUGACGAAAGCCAUCAUUCUACGAUGGGUAUCAAAAGGCUCUUGCUUUUCUUGUCGGUGUCGUUUUUGACAAGACCAGGAUGGUCGUUGGCGCCCGCAGUUCGAAUAUGCUACGCUCUAUCCCGGGCCCCUUAUGCACGCCAGACAACCUCUAUUCAUAUGGCAAUUGAUUCUAACAAAGAAAUCGGUACAGAAAUAAAAAUGAAUCAAGAAAUUUCAGGACAAUCAAGAAUGUCCGCCGAAAUCGUCAGCGGCGGCGCAUCCCAGGAAAAAGCCCUCACAGGAACGGUCAACGAGCGGCUAAUGCAAGAACUUGAAGCCGAGAAAGAUAAAGAAAAGUUCGGGGCUCGAUCUAAACUUGGUAAAAAGCUAGGAUUAGCUGCUUUUCGGUCACAAAAGACAGACGCAGAACGCGAAGCGGCGAUUGCCGAAGCUAGGAAUCUGAACGGGGUUAAUCCUCUUGUGACGCUUGCUGGAUCUCUUGUGGCACUGGGGAUCGCGGCAGGGCUGUGGGCAGCCACGAACUCACUGGGCGCCUUCUUUACCUUGAAUCCUGUAGUCAGUGAGUUCUACUUUGUCGAGAGGAGCGCUGCCGUUUUCCGGAAUGUGGCGAUGGGCCUUAUUUCGCUUGCAAGUGGGUUUUUUGGCGUUUCGGGGCUGGGUAUUUUUUUGCUGGGGAUGAGGGUUGCUUAUGGAGUUGUAACCGGGGAGUUGGACCCGACACCCCUAAAAAAACCAAAGUCGGAGGGACUAGAGAUGCCCAACGUGUGGGCGUUGAUGACAACGACAAAACCCAAUCGUCGCGUGAAGAAAAAGGAUGACAAUUCCUAG